UGUGAGCCCAAAUUAGUUAUUUAUUUUCUUUUCCUUUAAAUUAAAUUGAAAAAAUAUAAAAAAUAUAUCAGAAAGAGCAUUUUAGUGUUUUCAGUUUCCGAGGACCAAAAUCACAAGCAAACAUGAUCAAAAGGACCAUCAAUCUAAAAAAGUCGAUGUUUGGACUAAAACCAAAAAAAAAACAUAUGAACAUUUGCAAUUUUGUCAUAAUAAAAAGAUCAAGAGAAACUAUUGACUACAAGUAUGAGCAAAAUAAAAACCUCAAUAAAUGAUCAAGAUGUCGCGUAUUUGGAGCCAUCUGGGGGAAGUUCCUUAUACGUUUUAACCGCUAACACUUGCGCAGUUAUAGAGAUCAUUAGAGACACACAGAGUCGAUGGAGAAAUCCGGUUAUGGCAGCGACGGAAUAUUCCGUUCACUCCGGCAACCGCUAGUCAGCCCAGCAGACCCCAACACAUCAAUGAUUCCCUUUCUCUUCCGCAACGUUUCAUCUUACCCAAACAAACCUGCCCUAUACGACGCCGACUCCGGUGACACCCUCAAUUUCAUCCAAUUCAAAACCACCGUCGCCAAGUUCUCUCACGCCUUAAACAACCACCUGGGUAUCACCAAGAACGACGUCGUUCUCAUAUUUGCCCCCAAUUCAAUCCAAUACCCCAUCUGCUCAUACUCAAUCAUCGCUCUUGGCGCCAUUGUCACCACCGUCAAUCCUGAAUAUACCAUCAGAGAGUUAUCCAAACAAGUUGAAGACUCUAAACCCAAACUCAUCAUAACCGUUCAAAAACUGUACCAAAAAGUUGAAAACUUCGGACUCCCGGUUGUGUUUUUAGGAUCAAAAAGUUCAAGAAACGGGUGUUUUUCAUAUAAAGACUUGAUUUCAAAAUAUGGGUCAGUCUCAGAACUACCUAAAGUUUCGAUUCGUGGAGAUGAUACUGCGGCCUUAUUGUACUCUUCUGGGACAACCGGUGUUAGUAAGGGUGUAAUUUUGAGCCACAAGAACUUCAUCGCAACUUCACAAAUGAUGACUUCUGAUCAAAGAUCAAUGGGGGAGAAAGAUUAUGUACACUUAUGUUUCUUGCCCAUGUUUCAUAUUUUUGGAUUCGCGGUUAUACUAUAUGCUCAAUUACAGGAAGGGAAUACGGUUGUAUCAAUGGGAAAGUUUAGUUUUGAAGGGGUUUUAAAGAACAUCCAGAGAUAUAGAGUUACACAUUUAUGGGCUGUUCCACCAGUUAUACUUGCUUUAACUAAACAAGAUGUAGUCAAGAAGUUUGACUUGUCGUCAUUGAAGCUAAUCAUUUCGGGUGCUGCACCAUUGGGGAAAGAACUGAUAGACGAGUGUGCCAAAAAGUUCCCACAUGUUUUGGUUCUUCAGGGAUAUGGUAUGACUGAAACGACAGCAUCCACCUCACUCGGCAGUCCAAUUAUGGGCCAUCAGCACUCUGGUUCAACUGGGACGCUUUUACCAGGAAUCGAAGCUCAAAUAGUUUGUGUAGAUACCAAUAAACCUCUUCCUCCAAAUCAAACUGGUGAAAUAUGGGUUCGAGGAGCUUGCAUGAUGCGAGGCUAUCUCAAUAAACCUGACGCCACGAAGCUUACGAUAGAUAAAAAUGGUUUCGUACAUACUGGUGAUCUUGGAUAUUUUGAUGAUGAAGGUCAAUUAUUCGUGGUUGAUAGACUUAAGGAACUCAUUAAGUAUAAAGGGUUUCAGGUUGCACCAGCAGAGCUUGAAGCACUUUUGCUUUCACAUUCUGAAAUACUAGAUGCUGCAGUAAUCCCGUUUCCAGAUGCUGAAGCUGGUGAAAUCCCGAUUGCGUUUGUGGUGCAGUCAUCAAACAGCUGUUUGUCAGAAGAAGAUGUCAAGAGAUUCAUCAAUGAGCAGGUUGCACCUUAUAAACGGUUGAGGCGAGUGAUAUUUGUGAACAACAUUCUCAAAUCGGCUUCCGGGAAAUUACUCAGGCGUUUACUUGUUGAACACGUUCGAUCCAGGAUGUAACAGAUUUCAUAUAUAUGAAUUUGGAAGUUCUUGUGAUAUUGUUUUCAAUUUAAAACAAACUGUUGAUGUGGU